AUGGAGAGCAGCGUGGACGAGGGCCUGUUGGCCGUGGAGCCCUUGGGCAAGGCCUGGGUGCUGAAGCAAUUCGACGAGAACCCUCGCCUGCACCGUAUGCUCAGCCCUCCGGUGGUGGACAGGCUCACCAACCAAGCGCUGGCUGUCCCCUAUGCCAGUGAUUUGGAGUACUUGCAUGACCUGGAGGUGGACAUGGUACUCAAGAAGACGCUACUCGGUCUCGAAGAUCUGCAGAUUGGCCAGGAGCUGAGCUUUUUCAAGAAGAACCAACUCGACUCCGAAGCGUGCCAGCAGUACACGGCGGCGCUCAAUGCGGUCAAGGCCAACUUUGGGAGGGGCGUGGCGAAGAAGCUGCGGCACCAUGCUCCCGUGGACACCAAGCCGCAGGAGAGGCAGGGCCGGCCCCUGCUCCCGCGGCUGGUCCGACUGGCCAUCAAGUUCGGCCUGAGCGAGAAGGAAAAGCUGGCCCUCAACUUCAUCGUCGUACAGGCGAUUGGUGGAGGAAGGAGGAGCAACUACAGCUUCGAGUCCCUGCUGCGCUAUUCGGACAUGACCAUCAACGAGGCCAUUGCAUUCCUCAAGUCGACCAGGCCCUACCUCACUCAGGGACUGUUCGUUGUCGAUAAGACCAGCCCCAUGCAAAACGAUUACAUCGACAUUCCUCAUCAGCUCGACACAAAAGUCCGCGAGCUCCGCGCCAAGGAGCGCAUGCUCAAGGCCAAGUGCCAGAAGCGAUUGGAGAUGACCAGGCAAACGGAUUGGCUGCCUCGUCUCGAGCGCCUGGCGCUCGCGUGCAAGCUCGACGAGUUCGAGAAGGUCGUGCUGCUCACCCUGGUGGGCGGCGUGAUCUCGCAGGACAUCAGCAGCCUCAACUACGACUUCAUGACCGGCCAGCGCAACAGCGGCUUCACCGUCGGCGGCCUUCUCCAGCUUUUCUGCAAAGGCUUCCAGGAGGAAAUCAAGGCCAGGCACGCAUUUCUUUCCUCAGCAUCCGAACUCGUCGAGGGCUCGCACAGCUACUACCCCAAGGUGAAGAUGGAUCAGGUCGUACUGCCUGACGACUCGAAGAAGCUCAUCCUCGAGACGGUCGAAGGAUUCGAAUGCUACAAGAAGUUCAGGAAGGAUCUGGGCUUCGAGGAGACCAUCACCUACGGCAACGGCAUCCUCCUGCUCUUCUACGGCACCUCGGGCACGGGCAAGACGAUGAUGGCCAACGCGUUGGGCAACAAGCUGGGCAAGCGCAUCCUCCUGAUCAACUUCACCUCGCUCGGCGGCAACCAAGCCGACGAAGUGAUCAAAUUCAUCUUCCGCGAGGCCAAGCUCACGGACUCGAUCUUGUUCUUCGAUGAGUGCGAGCAGAUCUUCCUGUCGCGCGACAAGGGCGGCAACGAGGUCAACCUGCUGCUGACCGAGAUCGAGCGUCACGACGGCCUCAUCAUCAUGGCGACCAACCGGGCGUUCGACCUGGACGAGGCCAUGCAUCGCCGUGUGACGUUGGCGAUCGAGUUCAGGCAACCCGACCCGGUCUUGCGUCAGAAGAUCUGGCGGGCGCAUGUGCCAUCCGGCCUCACGCUGGCGGAUGACAUCGACUGGAAGGCGCUGGCCAUGAAGUACGAGCUGACGGGCGGCUUCAUCAAGAACGCCGUGCUCUCCGCGCUGUCGUCGGCCGUCAACAGGGACAAGGAGAAUCCGGUGAUCAAGCACGAGGACCUCGAGAGAGGCUCGCGGCUGCAGUUGCGCGGGCGGCUGGGCAUGGUCGACUUUGAUCGCCGAGUCGUGCCGACGCGGGGCAUCGAAGACAUCAUCGCCGACGACGCAGUCGUCAAGCAGCUGCAGGAGAUCAUCAACUUCGAGAAGGCCCGCCAGGUGCUGUUCGGUCAAUGGGGUUAUUCGGAGAAGAUGUGCUACGACCAGGGCACCACUGCGCUCUUCUACGGUCUGCCCGGUGUGGGCAAGACCCUCGCUGCCGAGGCCGUCGGUUUUGAGACGGGCAAGCCGCUGAAGGUGAUCAACUGCGCCGAGCUGGUGAGCAAGUACGUGGGCGAGACCGCCAAGAACAUCGAAUACGUCUUCAAGGAAGCGCGCACCCUCGACGCCAUCCUGGUCUUCGACGAAGCCGAGUCGCUGUUCGGCGCCCGAUCGGACAAGCAGGAUUCGUCGACCGACCGCUACGCCAACCUGGACGUCGGCCUGCUCCUCUACCACCUCGAACGCUUCCCGGGGAUCGUGAUCCUGACGACCAACCUGAUGCCCACGCUGGACUCGGCCUUCCACCGCCGCCUCCGCUUCAUGGUCGAAUUUCCCACGCCCGACGUCAAGCUGCGCGAGAAGUUGUGGAGGAUUCAUCUGCCGCCCAACGCGCCGUUGGCGCCCGACGUCGACCUGGCCAAGCUGGCCGGUCGGUUCGCCUUCGCCGGCGGCAACAUCAAGAACGUCUGCUUCAAGGCGGCCUCGCGAGCCGCCCUCCGACUCGACAACGCCCGGAUCACCAUGGACGACCUGGAGGACUGCGCGCAGAAGGAGCUGGAGAAGGGAGGCGGCGGCAAGGAGAACCCGGCCUUGCUCUACUCGUAG